AUGAAGCUCUUAGCUUUGAGUGUGGAGAAUUUUGAUACAGCGCUCUCCUCUCUCCCGCAGGCCAUCCUCCUCGCCCUCGCGGCCGUGGCCCUCGCAGAAAAGCUGCCCGGCGCCGCCCCUCCCGUCAUCGCCAUCCUCAGGAGCAGCCAAGUCAACCCCGACGAGCUCGGCGCCCACAGCUCCGACUUCGAGGCCGAGAACGGCAUCGUGUUCCAGUUCUCGGGCUCCGAGGGUGUCAACGGCGGAGCCAACAUGGUCGGAUCUUUCAGCUACCCCCAGGAGGACGGCUCUCUGGCCGAAGUCAAGUUCGUGGCCGACGAGAACGGCUUCCAGCCCGAGUCCUCCCUCCUGCCCGUGGCCCCCGCCUUCCCCCACCCCAUCCCCCAGUUCGUCCUCGACCAGAUCGAGUUCGCCCGCCUCGAGGACGAGCGCAAGGCUCGCGAGGAGAAGAACUAAGCCGAGCGGGAGAGGAGCAGUGCUUCAACUGCGCGAAAAAGGACGGAAGUCUCAUCGACAUAUUUAUUUAUGAAAUGUAAAGGGAUAUUAGUCAUAUCCCUUGUGCGCAUUUGUUAAAUAAGUGUAAAUAAAUGUUCAUUACAAA